AUGGCGCAGAAUAAAUUUAACACAUUUCAUUGGCAUAUUGUUGAUAUCGAAUCAUUCCCGUAUAAAUCUGAAGUUAUACCUGAAUUAAUCCAAGGAGCUUAUACACCAAAUCAUAUUUAUACCAUAUCACAGAUUAAGGAUAUAGUAAACUACGCUCGAUUACGUGGUAUACGUGUAUUACCAGAAUUCGAUACACCGGGACAUAUGAAAUCGUGGGGUGUCGGUGUAAAAGAUCUUCUAACCAAAUGUUAUCAUUCAAAUGGCUCGAUUUAUCGAGAUUUUGAGAAUUUAUUGGAUCCAACAAAUCCAAAUACGUGGGAUAUACUGAGCGCACUUUUUCAGGAAGUUUUUGCAACAUUUCCGGAGAAUUAUGUUCAUCUUGGUGGUGAUGAAGCGGAAUAUUGGUUUACUGAAUGUUGGACAUCAAAUCCGACUAUUACCCGAUUUAUGGAGGAUUUCAAUGGUACCGAAGAACAAAAACACCUCGUGAUAGGCGGUGAAGCAGCGCUUUGGGGUGAAUGGGUUGAUGAAAGUAACGUGAUACCACGUUUAUGGCCACGUGCAAGCGCAGUCGCAGAGCGUUUGUGGAGUUCGGUUGAAACCAAAAGUAUUGAAAAAGCGUGGCCAAGACUAUAUGAGAUGAAAUGUCGGAUGGCAGCACAAGGGUAUCCGGUACAACCGGCUGAAGGACCAGGAUACUGUGAACACGAAUAUAAGAUUCAAUUGCCCCUCUAUGAGUAG